AAUUCUAUGGUCCAAAGUACAACAACACAACACAAUCUUGACUUUACGUGGAGUGGAGGAAAACAGUUUCUUAAAUUUGAGAGGAAGUGAUUAUUUUUCAUAUUUUUCUUCACUCGAAUUCAAUCAAUCUAAUAUGAUACAUAGUUUGUUUAUUAUAAAUUCCUCGGGGGAUGUCUUUCUCGAAAAACAUUGGAAAAGUGUGAUUUCUCGUUCAGUAUGUGACUACUUCCUUGAAGCCCAAAGAAACAACCCUACUAAUAUUCAACCAGUUAUAGCCACACCACAUCAUUAUCUUAUAUCCAUUCAAAGAGGAGGUGUGAAUUUUGUUGCAGUUUGCAUGGAAGAGACGCCCCCAUUGUUUGUAAUCGAGUUUUUACACAGAAUAGUAGAUAUUUUCCAAGAUUACUUCUCAGAUUGCACUGAAAGUAUUAUAAAGGAGCACUAUGUUGUUAUUUACGAAUUACUUGAUGAAAUGCUAGAUAAUGGAUUUCCGUUAGCUACAGAGAGUAAUAUACUCAAGGAAUUAAUCAAACCACCCAAUAUACUCAGAUCAAUAGCCAACACAAUGACUGGAAAAUCAAACAUAAGUGAUAUUUUACCAAGUGGUCAAUUAUCUAAUAUCCCUUGGAGAAGAACAGGAGUAAACUACACAAACAAUGAAGCAUAUUUUGAUGUGAUUGAAGAAGUAGAUGCUAUAAUUGAUAAGAGUGGUGCUACAGUUUUUGCUGAAAUCCAAGGUUAUAUUGAUUGUUGUAUUAAAUUGAGUGGAAUGCCUGAUUUAACUUUAUCUUUUAUGAACCCAAGAAUUUUUGAUGAUGUGAGUUUUCAUCCAUGUGUAAGAUUUAAAAGGUGGGAAACAGAGCGAGUUCUGUCUUUUGUUCCUCCUGAUGGCAAUUUUAGACUGAUAUCAUAUCAUGUCAGCAGUCAGAGUAUUGUUGCCAUUCCUUUAUAUGUUCGGCACAAUAUAUCAAUAAAAUCUGGGGAACAGGGAAGGUUGGAUCUUACAGUAGGUCCAAAACAAACUCUUGGAAGAUCUAUAGAAGCAGUAAAACUAGAAAUACUGCUUCCAAAAUGUGUCUUAAACUGUGUUUUGGUAGUGAAUCAGGGAAAGUAUAAUUUUGAUACUGUGUCUAAAAUUCUACAUUGGGAUGUUGGUAAGAUUGAUCCUUCCAAACUGCCUAAUAUCCGUGGUAACAUUUCGAUAGCUACCGGUGCUAAUACUUCAGAUCUUAAUCCUUCUAUAAAUGUUCACUUUAUGAUAAAUCAAUUAGCAGUGAGUGGACUGAAGGUCAACCGUUUAGAUAUGUAUGGUGAAAAAUAUAAGCCCUUCAAAGGUGUUAAAUAUAUAACUAAGGCUGGACGAUUCCAAAUAAGAAUGUAAUUUUUAAUGUUAAUAAAUCUUGUAAAAUGUAUAAUUUUAUGUAAAUAUUUUCCAAAAUUUUUGUUUCAUGUUAUAAAUAGCAAGUUGUUCAUGAAACUGUUUGCUGAUGAAAUAGCUAUUUAUUUUCACCUGUUCUGUUUUUCUGUUAUUGUCAUCUGUUUAGUUUCUCAUAAAAAAUAUUUAUGUAAAUAUAAUAUCAUCAAAAACUA